CCUUAUUUUCAGUCACUCACGAGACUGUGAAUAUUGUGUUAUUUGUUUACGUUUUCGGUUCCUGCGUUUGUGAAACGGUUGUUGUGACUCUUUGGUAAUGGGGGGUGGGUAGAUUGUAACGUUUUAAUGUUAGAAAAAAUAUGUCAUUUACCUCAAAUGUCAACGUUUUAUUCGUGUGCAUCGUUAUAUCAUCUGCUUUGCUGUACUACCUUAGCCUGUCAUUCUCCUCCACUUCUGUGUCAACACAAGUGGCUCAUACCCAUUUUAAAAAUGAAUUAUCCACUCACAAUACCAGUCUCAAGAAUGGUCUUACACUUGUGGACAGCCAGGAGAGGUUUCCAGAAAUUGUUGUGGCUGUUGUAGCAUGUGGUGAUCGUUUAGGAGAGACGCUGGCGAUGUUGAAGUCAGCUCUCAUAUUCACAGAAUGGUGGCAACCCUUAAGAUUUGUUAUAUUUUCUGACGAUGUAUUAAUGCCUAGUUUUAAAGAAAAGCUCACUGAGUGGAAAUUACUUGUUAAUAACACCUUAGAGUUUGAACUGCAUCCAAUAACUUUUCCGAAGAAAGGCAAUGCUGAAGAGUGGAGAAAACUUUUCAAACCAUGUGCUUCUCAGAGACUUUUCCUACCUGAAAUUUUGAAGCAGACGGAUUCUGUCUUGUAUGUAGACACAGACACACUUUUCUUAUCCCCACUCAAACUAAUUUGGAAACAUUUUAGUGCCAUGAACUCAUCACAAAUGGCUGCCUUGGCUUUUGAGCAUGAAGACCCUAACACUGGAUGGUACAACAGAUUUGCUCAUCAUCCCUUUUAUGGUCCAUAUGGUGUCAACUCUGGUGUUAUGCUCAUGAACUUAACACGCAUGCGGGAGUUCCACUGGGAGGAUUAUGUUAUUCCUGUUUACAAGGAAUUUAAGCUAAAAAUCACCUGGGGUGAUCAAGAUAUUAUUAACAUAAUAUUUCAUUACUAUCCACACAAAUUAUACAUUUACUCAUGUCGAUUCAACUACCGCUCAGACCAUUGUAUGUACAUGAGUGUUUGCAAAAGUGCAGAAAAGGAAGGAGUUGCAGUUCUUCAUGGGUCUCGUGGGACGUUUCACUCAGAAAAACAACCUGCUUUCACUGCAGUGUAUCGGGCUUUUGAAGAAUAUCAGUUAGGUACUGAUUUGAAUCAACAUUUGGAGAUGCCACUUAAAGCUUAUUUGGAGGAAACCAGUGGAACAAACUGUGGCCAGAUUCACCACAUUUUCACUCAAGCCAUGGACAAAUACAUUUUACAUUCUACUGUGUUACCUUGAACUACAGAGAAGAUUGUUAUCAGAGGAGGGCAGGUUGACAAACCACAAAUCGAAAUUUUUUGAAAAGUAUACCAGUUACGUAAAUGAAACAGAACAUAAAAGAAAAAGAUUGAAAUCUUGUUCAAGAGCAAUAUUAAAUAUUAAAGCAAUUUUUUAAUA